CAAUAGUCAUGUGCGCUCGACGCGUCGCGUGCCUCUCUCUCCGCUCCCUCUGACUUGUUCGCUUGCCGUCCUCGCUCGCGGCAAAGCUGCAGCGUGUCUCGGCUCCGGCGCGCCACCGCUCGGGACGCCCGACGGAUCCGCUCCCGCGUGCGCUCGAUAUCCCUUGCUUCAACGGUCCAAGUCAACCCCCCCACCAAAUCGCCGUCCGUCCGGCCGCUGCCGCACCCUAGCAGGAUCGCAGCGUGCACAGCUCUUCUUCAAUCUGCAGGAUUGCAGCCACGCACAAGUCGUAGCUGGUGAGCACCAAUUACACCACCCCCGGUUCUUUCUCAAUUCUUAAAUUCUUGUAAAUAAACAUCUACUAGAGAAGCUAGUCUGCUAUGUUUGCUCAGAUACAGUGCCCAUGUUAUGCUACUAUUGGCACGGAGUUGAGGUGUGAAGAAUCAAUCAAUAGUGGAAACAUAUCGUGCUUUUGAUCAAUAAAUAUCGAGAGCUUUAAUACCGAAUCUUGAAUUUCGGUUAUUCCAAAUUGCCAAAUAUUGUGCUCGUAUGUAUACUCAGUCGUGAUCAUGGACUAUACUGAAUUGCAUACGGUAGAAUUGGGUAAGACUACCCUACAUUAAAAUUAAAAUUCUGAUUGCCAUCAAGUCCCUGGUCGAAGCUUCCAUCACUCUUCCUUUCCCCUAGUCCUGGCCACACAAAAAACCCUAGAUUCAAAUCCUGGUUACGCCAUCAAAUCCCUGGUCAAAGCUUCCAUUGCUGUUCCUUCCGGGUUCCUUCAUAUCCUUAUUCUUGCGUGACAAGGAUGUGUCGGAGCAGGAACAGUUAUGGCUGGCAGUGGGUUUUUAGUAAUUACUAUUAAUUACUCGAUUGCGAAACCCUAAAGUUGAUUAAUUCACUUUUCCCCAUUGAACCCAAAACCAAUUGCCUGAAUUAUUUUUGUUUGUCUAUCUCCAAAGGGUCCAAGCUGCCAAGGGGACCACAAUAAAUACUCUUAGUCAUGCAGGUCUCUACUGUACAUAAAUAGGAGGUGGUCUUUAAACUAUGUAAUUAAAAAAAGUAUAUCAGACCAGCUCUCCAUCUUUCAUUGCCCAAUAUUAUUUUUCUGGCCCGGUGCACUGGUGAGAGCUGUCUCACUGAGUUACCAGGUCGCGGGUUUGAAGCAACCUCUCCGCAUUUGCAUGGGAAAGGCUUGCCCCAGUUUAUCCCUUCUCUAGACCCACUAAGGGCCUGUUCGUUUUGCACCCAAUCCAUAUGGAUUGGAGUGGAUUAAAUCCCAAGCAAGUCAAAAUCUUUCUCAAUUGUUUCCAAUCCCAUCCAAUCCACAUGGGUUGGGAAUAAACGAACUAGUCCUAAUGUGGGAGCCUCCGGCACUGGGUUUGCCCCCUUUGUGCCACUACAAAAAAAUCAUCCUGUUUUUUUUCCAUCAAAACUAGAUUUGGUCCAGUUUGAUAUCUGUACAAUGCAUAGUUGUUAAAGCGUCCUUAAGGCGUCGCUUAGGUGACGCCUAAGCGCUAAGGCGUGCUGCAGCCGUAAGGUGUCCUGGUCGCCUUACUCCACACGUAAGACGAGUUGGAAAGGCUGCCGGCGGCUGGCUCAUGCAGCGGGGCGGCCCGGCGGUGGCUCCUGUAGCGCCCGGCGGCGGCGCCGGCAGGAGAGAGAGAGAGAGAAGCGCCAGCAGAGAGAGAUAGAGAGGGAAGUGCCAGCUGAGAGAGGGGGAGAAGGAGGCGGCUGGGAGACCCAUGGGGGGAGAGGGAGAGAGCUGGGAGAGGCCUAUGUGAGAUGGAGGCGGCUGGGUGAGGGCUGGCUGGCUAGGAGAGAUGGAGAGAGGAAGUAGGCUUGACCUAAUUUUAUUGGGCUACUUGGGCUGAUUUGUAGGCUAACUAGUCUAGCUGGGCUAGUCUUUUUUUUAAUCUUUUCCUCUUCUUUAUUAAUAUGUUUGUCCUCAGUACUUUCUCAAAUAUCAAUAUUUAUUCUAUUUUUAAAUUUAUUUAAGGUGUGCCUUACGCCUUAUCGCUUAAAAGGUGAAAAAUGGGUCAGGCGCCUUACCUCGCCUUAUCGCCUUAACAUUUAUGGUACAAUGCCAAUGCCAUUGUAUUCUUCUGGUGGAUACCAUAAAUUUUAUCAUUCCUAUCUUCUAUGCAAAGAUAAGAUUGAUUUUAGCGUAUAUGGACAAGACAGUUUAGAUACAAUCACACAUUAAACUUCAGCUCUAUCUGAGGAGCAAGAGCAACAAUAGUUUAGACUCUCUAUAUGCUGUCAUGGUAAUUGAGGAUUUCUGUUCAUAAUAUGAUUUGAUGACUAAUAUAUUUAAAUUUUAAUUACUUAUUUCAGAAUGCAUGGAAUAAAAUUUUAAGAAAAUAAGUUUUUGGUAACAAGUUAACGUUUUUUUAUGUUAGGCUCAAACUUGCACAGUUUGGAGUUUUUUUCCUGUUGUAUUAUGUCUCCAUGGAGUGACCAUUUUUUCCAUGUUUAGUAAUUUUUACUCUCAACUACUUAGCUUGGGUUCAAGUUUUAUUUUAAGAUUCACACAUUACGUACAAUCAUUUUCUAAUUUUCAUUUUUCUCUGUCCCUUAUCCUUCCCUUCCAUUCAAUUAAUGGAAUUUUGAAACCUUGAAAUUGCACCAGCUCGCUCAAUUGUACUUCAGAUAGCAUCUUCUUUGAUUGUCCUCUUCUGCAUACUCUUGUUGAUGGUGCUAUCAUAUUCUUGAAAACCUUCCGUGCUGUCUAUCUGGCAUUCUUCUGUCUCUGUACUUGUCCUUUAACAGUCACUUGCUUCGAGGUUCCAUUUUCCAUGUGGAUACCCAUGGCUGAAUCCACUUUGAGAUUAUUACAUACCUUUUGUUCUAGCUGUUUCUGUUGUUUUUCUUUCUAUCCAUACAUUAUCACUUGGCUCCCCCAAUAUUAUUGGUUCAUGUGCUCUUUCCAAAGUUUCCUUGGAACUUUGAGCUUUGGAAGAUGCCAAGGAGAACAGGAAAUGCUGCUUCGACCAAAUCAGUUGAAUUGGUCAAACAAGACCAAAUGGAGUUUGAUCAUCCUGAUGAGGUAGAUGAAGAGGAAGAAGUUGAGUAUGAAGAAAUUGAGGAGGAGGUUGAGUAUGAAGAGGUAGAGGUAGAGGAGGAGGAGGAGGAGGAGGAGGAGGAUGAAAUUGAAGGUGUGCGUGAAGUUGAUGCUAAUCAUGACAGUAAAAUAGUGGAUGAUGAUCCCAAGGAUGGGAAUGAAAAAGAAAAGCAUGCUGAGCUUCUUGCUCUUCCUCCUCAUGGAGCUGAAGUUUAUGUUGGGGGGCUUUCCUCUGAUGUAUCUUCUGAAGAUCUCAAACAACUAUUUGAAUCUGUUGGAGAAGUUGCAGAAGUGCGAAUGCGAGGAAAGGGGGAUAACAAGACAUAUGCUUUUAUUAAUUUCAGAACUAAAGAGAUGGCUUUAAAGGCCAUCCAAAAGUUGAGCAAUAAAGACCUAAAGGGAAAAAAGAUAAAAGUUUCAUCCUCUCAGGCUAAGAAUAGGCUUUUUAUUGGGAAUGUACCCCAUGAUUGGACACCUGAUGAUUUCAAAACCGCAGUGGAAGAAGUUGGUCCUGGAGUUUUAAAAGUUGAUCUCAUGAAGGCACCAGGCUCAGGUCGCAAUAAGGGUUAUGGCUUUAUUGAAUACUACAACCAGGCAUGUGCAGAGUAUGCUAAGCAGAAGAUGUCUACUCCAGAAUUCAAACUAGAUACAAAUGCUCCUACUGUCAGCUGGGCAGAUCAUAAGAAUGCUAGUGAAGCUACAUCUACUUCACAGGUUAAAUCUCUAUAUGUCAAAAACCUCCCCAAGACUGUUACUCAAGAGCAGCUGAAAAAGCUGUUUGAGCAUGUUGGAGAAAUCACAAAAGUUGUUAUUCCACCUGCAAAAUCUGGGCAUGAAAAUCGGUACGGUUUUGUUCAUUUUAAGGAACGGUCCAUGGUUAUGAAGGCUCUGAAGAACACUGAGAGAUAUGAACUUGAUGGUCAGCUGCUGGAUUGUUCACCUGCGAAACCUCCUGCUGAUAAGAAGGAUGAUACUGGAUCAUCUCCUACUGCAAAAGGACGUCCAUUACCCCCAAGUUAUGCCCCACUUGGAUAUGGACUAGCGGGAGCUUAUAAUCCACUUGGAAAAGGACUGGCAGGUGCUUACAAUUCCCCUGGAAACGGACUGGCAGGUGCUUAUGGCGUGCUUUCUGCUCAUGCCGCACAGCCAAUGUUGUAUGCUCCAGGUGCUUCUCCAGGUUCAACAAUGAUCCCAAUGGUCCUACCAGACGGCCGUCUUGUAUACGUACCACAGACUGCAGGGCAGCAGCCUCUGCAUGUGACUUCGCCUCUGCCUCAGCAAGGCGGUCGUCGAUUCGGCGGCGGUGGCGGAUCCAGCUCCGGCGGAAAGCGACAGAGGGGAGAUGACCGUGGCAGUAACAGCAACAGUAGCCGCAGGGGCUGGCACCGUCCGUAUUGAUGUUUGCAAUGCCGCUGAUUUGCAAUUAGAAGUUAGAACCCAGCAAUUAGCAUAUUUAUCGCAGUACCAUGCUGGAAACUGUACUUUGAAUUAUUUGUUUUUCCUGUGUGCUUCGUAGCAGGCCUGCCCUAAAAAGAACGAUAGUACCGGAAGGGGCAAAUGUAGUGGUAAUAUACUCUAUACAUUUGUAACCAUCUCCAUCCUGCCGUUGACCGUCUUAGGUUAUUAAAAUAAAUAUAUUUCUUCCGUUCUUUUUUA